AUGGAUGAACUGAAAGCAUUAUCAAAACCAGCCUUUGAUUGGUUGCAUGCAAAAGACCCUGCCCAAUGGUCUAAAUCUCAUUUCUCCCCAAGGAGUAAAUCAGACAUGCUUCUCAGCAAUUUGUCGGAGUGUUUUAACAAGAUGAUUCUAGAAGCUCGCGAUAAACCAAUUUUGACUUUAAUGGAGAUGAUUAGGACCAAGAUAAUGGAAAAUAUUGCCAAGAAAAAUGAAGUUGCAAACAUGUACACCGGAAGUUUGUGUCUAAUAAUCCAAAAGAAAAUUGAACUUGCAAUUCAACAGUCCACUAUGUGUUGGCCUACACACGCAGGAGGUGAAAAAUAUCAAGUGUCUGUUGGACCAUCUAACCAACAUGUUAUUGAUUUAGAAAAUCAUUCAUGCUCAUGUAGGAAGUGGGAUCUCACUGGAAUCCCAUGCAUACAUGUUGUUUCUGUAAUGGUGUUAAAUAAUCAAAGGCCUGAAUCUUAUGUUCACAACUCUUAUUUUGUAACCAAUCAGCGAGAAAUUUAUAGUCACUUCAUUCAACCCAUGAUAGGCCCCAAUCAGUGGCUAACUGACACCACUUGUGAACCAGUUAUACCACCAACAAUUAGAAGACCACCAGGAAGACCUAAAAAAAGAGAAGAAAGGAAGCGAAUGAGCCUACAAAUUCUCAUGCUACAAUGA